AUGCGGGGUAAGAUAAUAAUCCACUCAGAAUUGCAAAUUACACAUGUAUCACCCCCCCCCCCCACACCAGUGGCGGCUGCUGGUCUUUCAAGGAGGGGAAGCUCAUUUUUCUGGCCUACAUCAUAAUUGUAUUUGUUUAUUAGUAUGUAACAGAACAGAGUCGCCAAACACAAUGGCAGUCGUUUUUAACAAAGACAAAAGUCGCUGAGGAUCGUUAAAGUCUCCGGAGCGGUUAAGAACAACGGAAUGAAUGACUUGGAAAGUGCUCUGGUAGAUGUUUUAUUCUUCAAGAUCGCUGAUUCGCUUGUUUAGCUGUCAAUCAAAAAAGGAUUUCGCCUCAGACAGCUCAUCCAAUCAUGAAUGCAGAAGCUUGGAGUCCGGGAGAAAGUCGGGACCGCCCUCUCGCCAUAGAACUCCAGUGAAGCUUAGCUUCCAUUGGGCGGGACAAAGCCCAGCAUUUAUCCAAUGAGCGUCUAGUUUCGCUGCUGGAACAACCCACUUUAAGCUUCCACAUUGAAGUCAGCAGAAGCCCAGCGUCCGGCUGUUUGAAGCGCUGAGGCGCUGCGAGGAUGAAUGAGAACGAAGGUAUGCCGGUUACCUGUGAUUAUCAGCUUCUUAUCACAGUGUCUGAACAAAAGAUGAAGGCUUUCUAGUGCGUAUUUAGUUAAUGAAAUGUACACACAGCCGUACGUAUUUCACCACUUUUUCUUUUUUUGGGGGGGUGACAUUUUAAGGGAAGCCGAGCUCCCCUUGCAGUCUUAGAGCAAUCGCCACUGCCCCACACAUACACACACCCCGUCAAAAAUAACAGAUACUCGCUCUCUCACCAGUCCAGGCUGGCACCAUCCAACUGCUGCCACCACCAAGUCACAGGCUGACUUCUUCAGAGGUACCUGCUAAAAAAAGAAUACACAUCAUGGUUGCAGGAACAAUGACAGAUUAACAGAGACGGUCUCCGUUUGCUCCACAAGGCCACAAAUGGUACACUGCAGUGAAUAAUAAGACCCAAUGUAUAUUCCCACACGCAUGACAUUGAAGUAAAAUAUCGAAGUGACCUAUGGUUAAUGCAGAUACAAAAUAAAACAGAGGUGAAACUUAAACUAUUUUUAUUAUUUAACCUUAAUACACUUCGGGUGUAACCACACUGAAGACGGUGCUUCAUCCUGAAAAAACCACAAGUGUCAUUCUGUACUCAGGACCAUGUGUUGCUUCAGGUUGUCUCAUUUUUUUCUCAUGCUAUGAUGUGCAGGAUGAGGAGAUCCCCCUGUCCCCCCCGGAGCGUGUGACCCUCCCCCCCAGCCCCAGCCCAAGGCCAAGGAGAGCACAGGAGGUAUUGACGUAACCUGGAUUUUGAGUUUUGAUCACUGACAAUGUGUGAAUGUAAAAGGUUCUCAGCAGCAUUAUUUGUCCCCAGCCUGCAAGAGACAAUGUAAAGGCACUUUAUAAAAGACACCUCGAGCUGGAAAUCGAGUUGAAGGAGCUGCUAGUUAAGAAGGCCAAACUCGAGGUGGAGAACCUGCUCAAAGAAAAGAAGGUAAUGUUUGGAGAGCUGCCACAUCACAACUUCAAAUGUAGUCCAACUAAAAGUUUCCUCUCCAUUCCAGGAACGAGACAGAAGGGGCCUGAAUGAUUAAGAAUGUCAACAAAUGUCAUCAAUAAAAAGAAAAAAAAGGAAGUCAAAGGUCUCUGUCUCCUCUCUUUGUAAACAAAAAGUGCCAAAUCAUGUAAAAAAUUGUUCCGUUAAAGCCCGCCGCACAGCCCUGCCAGUGGGAUGGUCUAAUGUCAUUGGAUCCACCACAUCGGGGGGAGUGGGUCAGUGGGUGGGACCCUCUCUCUCCGAAUGGUGGCUACGUUGUGCAGCACAGCACACGAUGUAAUAAUGCGGCAGGCCCGCUGUGGGGUCACCCUCAGGUCACGCAGGCAGCUGAAGCGAGCCUUCAGGAUGCCAAAGGUCAACUCUAUCCUGACCCUGGUGCGGGAGAGAGCCACAUUGAAUUGUGUUUGUGGCCCUGCACCAAACUCCCAAAACUUUCGCCAUGGAAAAUGUAAGAUUUUAACUCUCUAAUGAUGUUCGGUAUGUGCUGACGUGGGCCUGAUACUGUCCAGGGUCGCAUUUACCGGAUUAAUUAUGUUUUGGGUACUUUAAAAAAAAAAACAACAUCCUUAAUAAACGAAAUACGAAUAGCGCUUUCUUUUUUUUACCACAAUAUAAUUGUUAAACUAUUUCCAGUUGUGAGCUGGAGUGUAGCCGUGAAAUAGCCUAGCUAGCUACUGUAUAUAGUGUCAAACGACCUGCUGCAUGACCUGACCUGAAGGGUCUGACCUGUGGAGGACCUCUGCAACAAAAACUAGAUUUAAACUCUUUCAAAACGGUUUUGAUCAUAUGCAACAUACUAUUAUGGUCUAUGCACUCAUUAAUCACUAGCUAAUUAGUAAAGGUCAAGGUAGCUUGGGCCCUGUUUAGUUGUUCCAAUAAAUCUAAGUGCCUUUUUGUCAACUUUUUAUCAAGAAAACCUAGACUUUAACUUUCUAUCCUGAUUCUUCUAUCUAAAUAAACAGCAAAGAAACAAAACUAUGUUUGGUGUUGUAUCUUAUUGUGUAUUAUCUUGUGCAUUGUAUCGCUCUGUAUCUUUUUGUAUUGUAUCUUAUUCUAUGACUUUGUAUCCCAUCAAACUGCCUGAUUCUGCCUUGAUUACAAACCUUUGAAACUCUUUAAAACAUAUAGACUUAAAACGGUUUGGAUUUCACAAUCAUACCAGUGGUUGUUCUUCCUUUCAAACAGGCACACUGACAUUUUCCUGACAGUUUUCUUGUCAGAGUGUUUAAACUUGUUUCUUGUUUCUGAACUCGAGCAUCAAGUCUUGUUUGUUGGAUUUCUUUUCCAGGAUUCCCCGCACCACUAUUCAGCUCCUGCUGAGAAGCAGUCUAAGAAGAAGAAGAGGACCUCUGAAGUCCACACUUCUAAUUCUUCAACAGAGCUGACCUGUUAUCCUGCUCCUCAGCACUCCAACCCUCAAGAUGCUGAUCCUCCUGUGGUCCAGGGGCCUCAGCUCAGUAUUCCACCUUCUGAGCUGCCUCAAGUCUCCACUGUGGUCCCCAGGUUUCAGCCCUCCACAGCUCCUCUGCUGGAUGAUGGCCCACUAAUAAUCCACCAUCUGUCAGUGGAAGAGUUCCAGCAGCUCUACCACGUGGUAGAUGACAUGCUCUGGUAUGUAUAAGACAAAAACCAAGUCCCACUACUAUCACAGACCCUGAUGAGAAACAUUUGGUCCGACAUCAUGAUUUCAACCAUCUUCCUCUCUCAUCCACAGGUACAUCAACCGCCGUCAGCGUCCCUACAGCCUUGCUCUGGGACGACAUGUGAAGCACAAGCGGUGGGAAAGAUCUGAUCGUCCACAGUUCACCGAAACUGUGGAUGAGAACGGACGUGUUCAUGUGGACAUUAGUAACAGGGUUGGAGUUUCUCCACCCCUCUACAAUGUGGACACAUCCUUGGAACCACAGUCGGAGACCACACCCAGAAAGAGAGCAAGGAAAUGA